GUCCCCAAGCCCCACGUGAUGGCCACCACCAACGGCGACCUCCAGGUGUGCAACAGCACCCUGAGGUGCUCGGUGGCCCUCCAAGAGGUCACCUACGAGUGGAUCUCGCCCCAGAAGGCCCUGAUGAAGCAGGGCCCCGUCCUGGAGGUCUUCAUCAAGCCCCCGGUGGAAACCUACAUGUGCAGGGUCAGCAACCCCGUGUCCUCCAGCAACGCCUCGCUGACCUUCCGGAAGCCCUGCAACUGGACAGGUACGGCCACGGGCUCCAGGGAUGGUUUUCCACGCUCACCUCUGGAUUUACAGUAG